CUCAUAGAUACUCGUUGGCUCUGCGCAUUGUUAAGCUGGCGCUCGGCUCUCCACGCAGCCUCUUGUCACUCCACGCACCCCCCUCGGUCACUCCGCAGACAUCCUGCUGCGAACUCGCCCUCUCCAUCUCUUCACUUUAGCGGUCAAACAGGGACCAGCCGGCGGGACUGAGCAUGACGUGGAUCCUCGGGCUGUGCACAUGGGGCCUGCUGGUGCUGCUUCAAACUUCGCCACAAGCCGAUGCAGCCUUCACAUGCAGCUCCACUCAGUUGAGGUGUGGAAACGGGAGGUGCGUCACCACCAGGUGGAUCUGUGAUGGUACCGACGACUGCGGUGAUGGAACUGAUGAACUUCCUGCAACCUGUGCAACCAAGACGUGUCUGCAGUCCGAGUUCAGCUGCGGCGCUCCCACCAACCAGUGUAUUCCUGGAGCCUGGCAUUGUGACGGCAAAGCCGAAUGCAUCAACGGGGCCGACGAGAAUAACUGCACGGCCAAGCAAUGCAGCCCCGGCGAGUUUCAGUGCACCAACGGCCAAUGUGUUUCCCCCGACUUCGUCUGCGACGGCGACAGCGACUGUUCGGACGACUCUGACGAGGCCUCCUGCCCCAAACCCACCUGCAGCUCUCAGUCCUUCCAGUGCAACAACUCGGCGUGCGUGCCGACCCGGUGGCGCUGCGACGGAGACGCCGACUGCCCCGACGGUUCGGACGAGUGGCCGCAGAACUGUGAGGGGCGGCUGCCGGACAAGACGCAGGUGACCUGCGGAGUGCACGACUUCCAGUGUGCAAACGGGGAGUGUAUCCACAGCAGCUGGAGGUGUGACGGAGGCGACGACUGCUCGGAUCAUUCCGACGAGUUCAACUGCAGCGUCCCCACUUGUCGCCCCGAUGAAUUCCAGUGUAAUGACGGUGUUUGUAUCCACGGCAGCCGCCAAUGUGACCAAGUGCCCGACUGCAGGGACCUCAGCGAUGAGGUUGACUGCCACCCAGCAAAUGGAUGUGAAGGCCCCGAGAAGUUCCAGUGUCACAACGGGGAGUGCAUCAGCAUGGACAAGGUGUGCGACCAGCGAAGCGACUGCAGGGACCGGUCCGAUGAGCCGAGGGAGUGUGACCAAAACGAGUGUUUAACGGAAAACGGCGGGUGCUCCCAUUCCUGCAACAACCUGAAGGUCGGCUACAACUGCUCCUGCCCUCCCGGAUACAGCCUCAACGCGGACAAGAAGACGUGUGAAGACAUCAAUGAAUGUGCUGAGGCGGACACUUGCACUCAGACCUGCAUCAACCUGCCUGGCAGCUACAGGUGUGAUUGUGGUGAGGGCUACAAGGUCGACCCAGUGAGCAAGACCUGCAGGGCCGAAUUAGGCACAGAACCCACACUCUACUUCACCAAUAGACACGAGGUGAGGAAGAUGGCGGUGGACCGCAGCGAGUACGUCCGGCUGAUCCCCGAGCUGAAGAACGCCGUGGCUCUGGACAUGGACAUGCCUAAGAAGAUGAUCUUCUGGUCUGACCUGUCUCUCAAGAAGAUCUACAGCUCAAAGUUAGACGUGGCGGGGAGCUCCUCCUACCACUCUGAGGUUAUUGGAAGCGGCAUUGAGGCCCCAGAAGGCAUUGCGGUGGAUUGGGUCCAUGGCAACAUUUACUGGACUGACAGCGUUUUGAAGACUAUCUCCGUGGCAACGACAGACGGCAGCAAGAGGAAGACCCUGAUCACACAAAAUCUGGAGAAGCCGAGAGCCAUCGCAGUCGACCCUAUCAAUAACUUUAUGUACUGGACAGACUGGGGGGAGGAGGCCAAGAUAGAGAAGAGCGGGUUGAACGGACGGUAUCGCGUUGCCCUGGUAACAGAUAACAUCAUGUGGCCCAAUGGCUUGACCCUCGACGUGGUCAACCAGCGUCUGUACUGGGUGGACUCCAAGAUGCACACCCUGUCCAGCAUUGGUGUGAAAGGAGAGAGUCGGCACAGCCUCAUUUACAGCGAGGAGAAGCUGGCGCACCCCCUCUCCUUGACUGUCUUUGAGGACCGAGUGUUUUGGACAGACCUCUCCAACAGGGCUGUUUUCAGUGCCGACCGCCGGACCGGGAAGGAGAUCACUCUGCUGGCUGCGGACCUGGACCAUCCAGAGGACAUCGUCCUGUACCACGACCUCAAGCAGCCAAUCGGUAUAAACAGUUGCACAGAGAGUGGUAAGAACGGAGGAUGCGAGUUCCUGUGCCUUCCCGCCCCGCAGAUCAACCAGCACUCUCCUAAAUACACCUGUGCCUGCCCUGACCACAUGACCUUGGGACCCGAGAAGAGGACAUGUGUGACAGCACCCUCCGUUGCCCCUCCACGCGAAAACCGAACUAGUGCACCGCUCCGGCCCACAGUGCCUGCUACCACGGCUACGCCGGCUGCCACCAGCACCACAAGCACCACAAGCCGGACUUCCACUCCCUCGUCCCGCCAGCAAAGCACACAGCAGUCUGCCGCUACUGCUCAAGGCAACCGAUUGGAAGCCUCGCCCGAAGAAGCCCAUUCAUCCCACCCUGUGGCCCUCUCCGUCAUACUGCCGAUAUUGGUCAUGUCCGUGCUGGUGGUUGGAGCGAUGUGGCUAUGGAGACACUGGCGUGUGAAGAACACCAACACCAUCCACUUUGAUAAUCCAGUGUACCAGAAAACCACGGAGGACGAGAUGCACAUCUGCAGGAACACCUCUGAGGGCUAUGUUUAUCCACAGAGGCAGAUGGUGAGCAUGGACGACAUGGAUGUGGCAUGACCCAAAGAUGAAGAAGACACCAGAUGAUUGUCAAGUGAGGUUAUUUCUGAUGCAAACAUGAAGCAACAGUGGCCUCUUUUUUUUUUUUUUUUUUUUUUUUGCCCUCCCCCCCAUGAGCUCAUUUUGCAGCUUAUGUUUAUGACCACAGCAUUGUGCCGUCCAAAACUAUUGUAGGAAUAAAUUAAGCCAAAGAGCAUGAAGCCUUUUAGUCUGACCAUAGAAUAACUUAUAAUAAAAAAAAUGAAGGAUUCCUUGCUUUUCAAAGACUAUUUGGAAGAUAUCUGAAGAUUGUCCUACUUUGCCGCCAACAUGGCCUCCUCAUAAACGUUUACCUUGCGAAGCCUGAUCUACUCUAUCCGUACAUUCAUGUGCCUUCAGUUCACACAAAUAAUUCAACAGGGUUAAUGGGAUGUGCAUAAAUGCCUUAGUGACCUCACUACCUCCCAAACCAGUGUGUGUGUGUGGUAGUUUGUGCUUUAGCCACACGCAGUGAUAGCCUUCAUAGUCUUUUCUGCUGGGUUAAGGCUCGCACAUUUGGUUGUUUCCAACGUAAAGCCCAUUUCUAUCAGUACUCUCUUGCUGUUUUUUUGCUUCAGAUGUGUGGAGAGUCAUACAAAGACUGCAGUUUACUGAAGUCAACCAAAGUGAAGAAAAAUGUAAAAAUGUUACCAUAGCAUGUAAAUAGUUCCUGUAAAUAUUAUUCAAAACACUCAAGUUCACUCUUUUGUUUCUGAUUUACAUUUGUAAAUUUUAUUCAAGAGAAGUUGUAAAUAUGUCAGAUUCUUUUAUUUAUUGAUGGAAAAAAACACGUUUUUUGAUUGUAGUCAUCUGACUGUUGUGUUGCUUCUGUUCCAGCUAAGCCAGUAUGGCUGUUACACUGUACGGCUGUUACCUAACUGAUGUUCAAUCAAAACUCGGUUUGCUCUGUUGUGUGUGUGUGAUAUCCUGUGUGUGUCCCUACUGCAGCGUGGGGCCGCAACUUAAUAUAAGUGCUCUUAUGGCCCGUUUUUCAGGGAUAAAUGACAUAAUUUAUUUUGCGUCACCUUCCUGUGUUUCCAUGCCUUGUUGUAUUUCCACGGUGAAGCGCACACUGUAUGCACGCACAAAAAUGUAUGGACAACAUCUGUCUUGUUAAUGCACAUUGCUUUGUUCUCUUUUGGUUGUGUUGGUCUUUUUCUAUAUAAAAGUAAAACUCUCUAA